AUGCAGACGACACCACACUCCUUCAACAUUCUAAACCACAGGAACAAGUGUGCAGAGGAAAUGAACGAAACUAUAGAAAGCUUAAAUGAGUAUUCGACCAACUCCAACAACAACAACUCAACAAAGACAGAAUGGAUGAUGCUCUCUACAAUGCAGAUGUCGACAGUACACUCGUUAGAAGAACACUCUGCAAAUAUCAUCUGUCGCGAGGAACCACUAGAAAAACUCUCAAGUACCCGACUCCUUGGAGUACAGUUGGAUCAAAAUUUAUCAUGGCGGGAACACAUGAAUCUUCUAUCCUCAUGUUAUGUGACCUUGUCUGUGCUGAAAGCUGAAAAAUUUUGUGCCGUUUCAUAUUCGUAAGCGGCUAGUUGAAAGCUUGGUCCUAUCCAAGUUGGAUUAUUGUAACGUAGUAUUUAGUGCUAUGCCAGAUUAUCAACUAAAGCGUUUACAGAGGGUGCAGAACAUGUGCGCAGGCUACGUACUGUCGAGGUAUGCCACAGUAGCAGAUCUGAAAGAACUCAGAUGGUUGCCCAUAAAAGAACGCUUAGAAUAUAGUAUUGCAAAAUUAGCACAUAAGUUGAUAUAUGGCUGGUAUUGGACUAAGUGACCACAAAUCGAAAUUUAUUCGACCGUUAAUGCAUGUCAAGAAGAGAAAAGCGAAAGUUGUGUAUAGAAGGUCUGUAAAACCACAUAUGAAGGACGGGUUGGAAGGUGGUUAACGUCAACUGAUUUCACAUUUCUUGAAGCCCUCCCUGCGUGUCCUGAAAAGCUCAAUGCAUUCCAAUCAUUACUGAAUUAUGCAAUAGAACUCUUUUUUCGUUACAGAAAAGUAAACAACAUCCCAACGAUAAGCCCUGGAUCACCUCAGAGCUAAGAUCCUUAAUCCAGCAAAGGCAGCAAGCUAUGGAUAAAGAUCCAGAGACAUUCAGGAAGCUAAGAAAUAAAGUUAAUAGACUGAAUAAUCGUCUUCGAAGUUCCUUUUUUGAAAGAAAAGUGAAGAAUUGUGAUGAUGCAGGUUCGUGGUGGAAAUCCAUUAAACAGCUCUCUGGCAUUUCUUCAAAAAAUCCUUACUGAGUGUGAUCGAAGCAGAUACAGAAAUUAACUCCAUAGAAUUAGCUACCAGAAUUAAUAAUAAGUUCUUGACCACUAAUAAUAGCCUACCACCACUGCCCCCCGUAGUGAAUAGUGAAUUGGAUUAUGAGACUGCGGAAGAAAUUGCUCUGAAAUAUUGGAUCUCUCCUGAAGAUGUGUACAAACAGUUAUCUAACUUAAAACGUGGAAAGGCUUCGGAGCCAGAUAAUUUACCGACAUGGAUUUUAAAAGACUUUGCAAUGGAACUUUCGUCACCUGUAGCCCUAAUCUUUAAUGCUUUCAUCCAAGAAAGAACAGUUCCAAAUGCCUGGAAAGUAGCUGAUAUUAUAUCAAUUCCUAAAAUAAACCCAGUAAAGGAUAUUGAAAAGGACUUACGGCCCAUAUCAUUAACAGCAGUCUUUUCAAAAACAAUGGAGCGCUUUUGUUGCUAA